UAAGAUUUUGUUUCCUUUUAGAAUUUUAGUUUUCUUUCCUUUAGGAUUUUAGUUUAGUUUGCUUAUAUUGGUAAGAUUAGGGAAUUAUUUGCCUAUAUAAACAAAGGGUUUGUACACUUUUAAUUAACCAAUUCAUUAUCAAAUUAUUCUCUAUAUAUUUUUGACUUUUUCAACUUUAUUCUUAUUUAGUCUCCUUAACUUUUGAUGAUGGAUUGAUCUGAAGUAAUGUUAAUUUUAAUGGCCACAUCAAGGUUCAGGGAAAAUGAAAUGAGCAAGUUUUGACUAGGCUAUUGCUCUGGGCCUGGACAUUCUUUACCUUACAUGCUGCACUUGGUUUUAUUGCAAUUUUGAUUUAAUAGAUGCAUUCUAAGCUAUAUGAUAUGAAUCUUUGUUUGUUACAUUUGUCCAAAUUGUUGUGAUAUAAUGGAAAAUGCCUAUGUGGGACUAGUUUUCUAUUUUUAGACGUUUUCUGAAUUGGUUUAUAUGUAAAUGUUAUGUCGCUCAGGUCUUGGAGCUCCUGGAAAUUGGGUUUUGGAAUGUAAAGAAGUGGAUGCAUUGAAUAUCAAAAAGCUUUUCAGUAGUGUUGAUAUUGUUUUUUAAUGAUAAAAUUCUUAAGUGGUUAAGAGAAGGGCAAUCCACAGAUGGAGUGCAAUAGAGACGAGGCCAUGAGAGCAAAAGAGAUUGCUGAGAGGAAGUUCCUGGAUAAGGACAUUAAGGCAGCAAAAAAAUUUGCUCUCAAGGCUCAAAAUCUAUAUCCUGGGCUAGAGGGCAUUUCCCAGUUGAUUAGGACAUUUGAGGUUUAUAUUUCUGCCAAGGAGAAAAUAAAUGGUGAAUAUAACUGGUAUACCAUACUUGGUGUGACUCCUUUAGCUGAUGAUGAGACAGUAAGAAAACAAUACAGGAAACUGGCUCUUCUGCUUCAUCCUGACAAGAACAAAUCUGUUGGGGCAGAAGGGGCAUUUAAACUUGUUUCACAGGCCUGGAGUUUGCUGUCUGAUAAGUCCAAGAGAUUAGAAUAUGACAAUAAGUAUGGUACCACAUUCCAGGAGAGGAAUCAGACUACGAAUGCAGGCCCUUCACCAACAAAGCAAAAUGGAUUUUACAACUUUGCAAAGAAUACAGCUUCAAAAAUGAAGGUUCCAAAGGGUAAUUCUAGUAAGAGGGAUGCCUCGUCCGGUCCUGCUCCAUCUUGUAAGAAGGAACGGCGUACAUUUUGGACUGUCUGUCAUCGAUGCAAGAUGCAGUAUGAAUAUCUCAGGAUGUAUCUUAACAAGCAUUUGCUCUGCCCAAAUUGCCUUGAGGCCUACUUCGCAACAGAAAUCGAGCCACCAUCUGCAGGGUUUAAUAUCAGUAAUCCGUCCAAUCACAGUAACUUGCAACAGGCUCCUUUCUUUGAGUCAAAUGGUUCUGCAUCUACCGCUCAAGCUGCAAAUAUGGUGCAGCAGGCUUUUGAGAAAGUGAGAAGAGAGCGUCAGAAAAAGCAGGCUGCUACUAGAAGGGAGGAGGUAAAUCGAAGGAAAAAUCAUUCCUCCAAAAGAACAAUUGAUGGCGGACGGUGUAAUGCUGUGAAGAGAAGAAAAGGAGUUGAAGAUUGUAGUAUGAACAAGGAUACAGUGAACGAGGUGAAUUGCGACAUUGAUGUUAAACAGUCACUUAUAGAGAAGGUUCAAGGUGAAAUACGUCAGAUGUCAAGUGAACGGACUUCAAUUAGUGCUACCAAAACGACAUCAGCCGGCGAAGCUUAUGAAAAUAACGUACAAAACGAAACAGCAUAUGAAAAAUAUAACAGUGUUACAAAUAGUGCCAGAUUGGAUCAGAACGAGCCAGGCAAGGCUAAUAGUCAAAUUUCUCUUAAUAAACUCGAUUUUGGUGCUGAUGUGGAAUCCAUUAAGCAAAUAUCAAUUGAUGUUCAAGAUUCAGAUUUUUAUGAUUUUGAUAGAGACAGAAUGGUGAGGUGUUUCAGAGAUCGCCAGGUGUGGGCUGUGUAUGAUGGUGAUGAUGGGAUGCCACGGUAUUAUGCCAUGAUUCGUAAGGUGAUUUCUUUAAACCCUUUCGAGGUGAAAAUCAGUUGGCUUAGUUCAAAAGCCAGUAAGUGGUUUGAUUCUGGUUUUUCAAAAGCUUGUGGGGUUUUUAGAAUGGGCAAACAUGGAAUUAGAACCUCACCCGACUCGUUCUCGCAUAAGGUUAAAUGGACAAAAGGCACUGAUGGGACCAUCCAGAUACUUCCUCAGAAGGGGGACGUCUGGGCUCUGUACAGGAAUUGGUCAGCCGAAUGGAAUGAACUUACAGAAGAUACAGUAAUACAUAAAUAUGACAUGGUGGAAGUACUUGAAGACUAUGAUGAAGAACUGGGCGUAGUUGUUAUUCCCCUAGUUAAAGUUGCAGGGUAUAAAGCAAUUUUCCAUCAGCUUCUGAGCCAAAGGGAAAUAAAAAGAAUCCCAAGGGAAGAAAUGUCUCGUUUUUCUCACCAGGUACCAUCCCGCUUUCUCACUGGUCAAGAAGGGUUGAAUGCUCUGAAGGGUUGUCUGGAAUUAGACCCUGCAGCUACUCCUUUGGAACUUCUCCAGGUUAUAUCAGUUGCUAAAGAAACCGAGUCCUUGAAGAAUGAAGAGGAAAUUACUGAAAUAGUGGACCUAACUGAUACUGAUGGAAACACCAACAUCAACAAGGGAAAAGAAAUUUCUUGAAAAAUGGGAUGGGAUGUAGUUCGAGAAUAAGGGAAAGUGUGGGAGCAUUGUUGGAAUCUAUUGAGAAUCGGAGGGUUGAAAAUUCAUGGGAGAUGGGAAACUGAAGAAUUGAUGAGUAAUAGGAUACCAAAGAAUCUAAGCGUGAACUGAACAGUAAAUGAGCAAUUUCUUUCCUUCUUUUCUUCCUUAAUACUACUUGUCCAGGACAUCCCAGUCCUUUUUGCCGAACCUGCCAUAAGAGUUUAAGAUAAUCUUCUUUGAGGUGGAGCGUCAAGUCUUUGGUUGCGAUGUUGGAAUGCAGUUCAUUCAAGAAGUUUUGAAAAACUAUUUACUUUUCAGCAAUGAUAGGAAUAUUUUGGUUCGAAAUGUACAUUUUUUGUACUAAGUUCAUGUUGGAGCUGACAGAUAAAGAUUGAAUUUUUAAAUAUCCUAUAGAUAACUGAUAUAUUUUUCUCUUCAA